AUGUCGGGAGAAUAUGGCUAGUGUAGACAGUCUGUGCAACCGAUAUUGAGCAUUAUGACUUAUCCAGGGCAAAAACGAUACAACAUGGUUAAUAGUUUAUCUGCAAUGUUGAUUAUUUGUCUGAUUUCAAUGACCGAUUCAUUGCCUGACGAUGGUCUUUGUUCCCAAGUUUAUCAAAUGCAUGAAUAUUGUACAAGACAGGUCACAUUACUCUCGAAUUCUCGACCAGACCAUGCUCAUGCAGGGCGAGUUGGUAAAGCUGGACCACGCGGACCGCCAGGCAUAGUUAACUAUACAAAGAUAGAACAGGAAAUGCAAAAGAAAUUCAACGCAAUGGAGAUUCGUUUCAAAACCAAGAUGACCAACAUUGAGGAAAAUAUGUUGAACAACACAUCUGAGAUAGAAAGAAAAUUUUCAGAAUUGAUUCGUGUGGCUCAAGAAUUGAGACCUCUAACUUUUACCGACUGUGGAAAUGUGACUAAGAAUGAUGCGAAAAUUUGGAAGGAAACCGGUGGAGUUUUUGAUAUUUACCCAGCUUACUCAAAGCUUGAAGUAUUCUGUGAUCUAACAACUGACGGUGGGGGUUGGAUGGUUUUCCAACGACGUUCAAGUGGCUCAACGGAUUUCUAUAGAACUUGGAAUGAAUAUGUAAAUGGAUUUGGAAACAAAGAUGAUGAAUUUUGGUUUGGCCUGGAGAAUCUUCAUCGUCUGACUCGUGAUAAUGACUACGAACUUCGUAUCGAUUUAGAAGAUUGGGAAGGAAAUAGGAAAUAUGCAAAAUAUUCAAACUUCAAAAUAGGAGGACCGAAAUCGAAAUAUGCACUCACCGUUGGAGGGUACACUGGAGACGCGGGAGAUUCUUUGAGUGGCCACAACGGUCAUAGAUUUUCGACUAAAGAUCAAGACAACGAUAUACAUUCUGGGAAUUGCGCAGUUUCUUAUAAAGGGGCGUGGUGGUACACAAACUGCCAUGCAAGCAAUUUAAAUGGUCAUUAUUUUCAAAGCGGAGUUCAAGAAUCAUUCGCAGAUGGCUUGGUAUGGCGCAGCUGGAAGGAAUACCAUUAUUCUCUCAAAUUCACAGAAAUGAAAAUUCGACCAAUUUAACAAUUUCUAACCACUGUAUAACAGCAGACCAUGGAUUGACUUUCUAGAUUACAAAUCAGCUAGUAUUGAUAUUUCAUCAAAUAAUAAUUUUCUUCGCCUUGUUUUUUGUUUUGAAUUAUUAUCCCACUGCGUUGGCUUCCAGUUUAAAUAAAUUGACCAGACUGAAUUUAUAUUAUAUAACAAAAUGGAUCGGGAUCAUAUUCACAUAAAGGCUUUCUUAUGAGUGGACGCAAUAUCCCUAAUUAGUCAUUUACUUUACGUUAUUCUUCUGUAAACAUUUGUUCUUCAAAGUUGAAGUUAGAAAAAAUCAAUUAAAUAGUACAGCAGUGCUCUAAUAAACUGGUUUUCAACCGGGAUUCCGCGGCAUGUCAGGAGUUCCGGGAGAUUUCAUUCAAAUUGAAAAUCUGUAUGUUUUUAUUGUUUAAAUAUAAUCAAAUACCUUUAGGUUUGCCACCCGUAUUAAACUUGCAACAC